CCUGCAGGAGUCGUCAGAGGUUGCCGUAGCAGUCGUGGCCGCCGGCGCUGCUGUUAAAAACACGAGGUGAUACCGAACGACGCAAUGGAUACGUUAAAAGCUUGUAUUACUGCUACUGUUACCAAAUGAGCAGAGUCCUUCGAUUUACGUUACGUUUUACUUUUUUGAUUGACAUUAACAGUAAUUUCUAUCGUCUUCAUCACCUGAGGUUGCGGAGGGGCAUUCUAUCUAUGAGCGACUGCUCAUCUUCAUCCAAUAUGACGCAUUGUCUUGUGGUCAUGCCGCACACCCUAGAGCCACUGCAGCGUCGAACUGGAUGACACAGCAAAUCGCUUAACACGAGUAGUGAAUCGUUAUUAGCCUAUAUUUGUCAGGAUAGCUGACUUGCUCAUUUUUCCAGCAGACUUGGUCUCAGUUACGUUGAGCCUAAUAGCUCGCGUUUAGCUUUGAAGACAGACAGGCAGGUAAAGGCCAACCGGCCGGUCGGCCAUCCGUCCGUCCGCCUGGCUAGCCGCUCGUCGCCGCUCGUAGAGCUACUGCUACUGCCCUCCAAGGCGACCUUCUCCCAUCAAUUUCCAACUUGCCCAUUGGUGCCAUACAGGCUGGCCAUCCGUCCACUAAGCCUAGCCUAGGGGGCGCUAGCUAGGAAAUGUCGAUGGGGGAAAUCGGUGCAGGAAGGGAGGAAGGUGCGGACCACGGCACGAUAGUGGCGCCCUCUUGCUAUCCUUCGAGAAGCAGCAGCCCGGCCAGGGGGCGUGCCUGUCAGUCGCCUAGAGAGCAUUGAAGUCUUGCCCGUUGGCCGUUUUCGGAUUGUUUUUCCACAAAAUUUAGCCCGUUUUGUCGUGAGUGACCGUGGACAAGAUCGGAUACCACCUCUGAGGAGUGGCCCACACCAGCCAGGGGCCGUCCCCCGCAUUGACUGCAUUUGCCUGCGCCCACAACGGCAGCCCUAGACGAGUCCUCUGCAACUGCCGCUGCACUUGCUAUGGCCUCGCAGGGGGCCCCGGCUCCCGGGGACCUCGAGCUACAAAACGGCAAUUCGCCUGCUGACAAUUCACCUGAUUCACUACAACCGGCAAGCAAUUUAGCUCAGGUUUUCCCGGCGGCAGGGACUCUGGACAACCAGCCUCCGUCCGCUGCGCCAGCUGACCAAAGGCAGCUGUUAGAAGGCGGCUUAGGCCUAAGUUUUGCAGAAGAGUUGCGUCAGGUUGAGGAGUCGGCCGAAAGCAACAUUGGUCAUCCUGAAUUACGCCAUUUCGAGGAUCCAACCGCGAAUUUGCCACCACGUGGUUCCGUCACUGACGACAACCGCAAUGUACAGGAGGAGCCGGAUGUUAAUAAAAACGUGUCGCCUGUUGAAACGUGUCCUACUCAAUUGCAUGAGGCUCCUUUAGCAGAGCCUGACUUGACCAGCCUUGAUAGCCAGAAUGCACUUAAGACCAACGCAAACAAACAGGCAAAACAGGAUGCUAACGCUGACUUUAUCCCAAAGCAAGAAACAGCCCAACAAAUUGUAGAAGCAACGACUGAAAGGAAACAUACCCGUGCUUUGUCAAUGUCCGCUGCUGAACUAGAGAAAAUUGAGCAGGAAGAACGCAAGUCCGGCAGCAUGUCAGAGAAGUCUGAAAGCCUUGAGGUUCAACCAAGCUCUUCCAGAGCAGCAUCUCUGGAUGCUGAUAUCGCGAAUAGUGUUUCUGCUGAUAUUGAUGCGUCGGGUAUACCUGAAACCGAAAGCCUGAACGAGAAAAAGUUCAAAACGACAAUGGUCGCUGCGAACUCCGGCGGCAAUGACUGGGGUCCAGCUGAGCGCAGAAAGAGUGCCUUCUCACUGAGUGAUCUUCCAUUACCUGAUUUCAAUAGCGGGGAACAAAGCACAAUGCCAGACUCUAGAACAAGAACAGGUGUGCCGGCAUCGACCGUAUCAGCGAAACAGAACGAGUCUAAUGAAAAAUGCAACCCUAAUCGGAAUCCUGACAUCGCUACAAGUGCUGGGGGGCCAAGUGAUCCUCGCCAGGCUGAUGCACCUUCUGAAGAAGGUGGGGACGGCAGAGCAGUGACCACGUUACUCAGUUCAUCAGCAGCAAUUGUCGAAAGUGUUGCUUUAGAUGACGUAGUCCCAUUACAACAAGGCGACAUUGAUCCCGACUCGAGUUCGAAGCCUAGCGCUUUUGCGCAUCUUCUUUCAAGCACGGCACGUAUCGCUGAAUCAGUAGCCCUUCCUGAACCGGUAGCCGAGGCGGUUGUUGAAACGAAAUCCCUGCCUGCAGAGGAGGAGGAAAUCAGUAAUGAACAAUCAGCCAUUUCCGCUCUACUCAGCACUACAGCCCUGCUGGCAGAGAGCGUCGUUGUUCCAGAAGUAGUUGAAGCGAUUGAGUCACGAUCAGACGACAAUGAAGUCGCGGAGAUUGCCCACCAAAUCGUGGAAAGCGCGUGCGAUGCAGCUGUAGAUCAAACCGCAUCCAUCUUGGGUGGUAGUCAGCCUGAAUCCAAAAAUCAACGGGAGCCACGAUAUGACUUUGAAGAGGCACUGGAUAACCUUCGUGAUGUUAGUCCACCCCAAACUGCGCAGCAAGUCCAUGAACUUCCCGCCAACGGUAGCAAUCCAGCAAACCCGGAGAACAAAGCGCCUAAUAUCUGUGAUGAAAUGGACGAAAAAAGCUGUGAUAACGCAGAAAAGCAAAUGGGUGUAAGUACAAAUGAGCAGAAAGAGCAGGGUGCUGAUGGAUCUCCUUCUACUGCCGUAAAACGCGAUGCUGAACCGGACACUGAUAGCGGAACAGAGCAAACUGCUUCGCAGGAAGCUGAUGGCCGCCCAUUGCAAUCAGAGCCCGCAGUCUGCGUAGUGCCACAGAUAGGAUCACACGAAUCGGUACUGGAUGGAUCUAGUGUUGCCGCUUCCGACAUGUUCUCGUCGCUCGGAAGCAGUCUCUCCAGUGCAGGACAGGCGCUAUCAGCUAAGAUAGAGAAGGCGGGCGAAAAUAUUCAAAAGAAGGCUACCGAAGUUGGCAACAAAAUCGAAAAGACAACCAGUGAGGCAAAUCAGAAGCUUCAAGAAACGGCAGCUCAAGUAGCGCAGAGUACAUCUGAUGCAAAAGAUGUUUCAUCCAAGAAAAUCGAAGAGGUUAGAGAUAUGGCCAAAGAGGUAAAAGAUAGUGCAGUAGAGUCCUUGAAGGAUGUUAAAGGAAGUGUCGAAGACCAAGCAACAGAGCUCGCCGGAAAAGCUAAAGACGCAAUUCAGGUUUCAAAAGAGGCUGCCGUCCAGAAGGCGACAGAUCUUAAAGAUAGUGCAGAAAAGACAGUCCAAGAAGUCAAGGAUGCCGCCAAAGAAACUGCCGAUAAUUUACAAAAGGUAGCAACAGACGUUAAAGAUAACACUAUCGAGUCACUUCAGGAAACUCAAAAAGCCGUCGAUGAUAAAGUCGGACACAUACGUGAUACUGUCGCUGAGAAAAUUAGCGAUGUAGACACCGCAGUUAAGGAGAACGUUGAAAAAUUCGAACAGGUGGCAGCUGAUGUUCAAGAUAGUAUAAUAGAAUCAGCUCAAACGGCGAAAGCUGAUGCCGAAGAGAGAGUAAAAGAUGCUAAAAAAAUAAUUGAGGAGACCGCUGAAGAUACCAAAAAUAUCGUGAAAGAUACGGUCGAUGAAGCCAAACAAAUAGCUAUCGAAUUAAAAGAGAGCGCUGUGGAAUCAUCCCAAAAGGUUAAGGAGACCGCUAAAGAUUUGAUACAAACGGUCAAGGCUGAAACCGCUGACACCGUAGGUGCGGUCACAGCCGAAAUUGCAGGUGCUGUUGACGCUGGAAAACAGACAAUCAUAGAGUCAGCGAAAAAAGCAAAGGAAGUAACCGAAGAAAUUAAAGAUAGUGCAGCUGCAUCAGUCAAGGAUGCAUCCCGAGAAGUCGAAGACAAGGUAGAUAAUGAGGCUGAAACUUCUGAUCGAAAACCUAGUGCACCCAUCACAGAGAUCGCGCAAGCGAUCAAAAAAGGGGCGGAGAGCACUAAGGAAAUUGGAAAAGACGUCGUGGAUCCUUCUAUUCAGUCUAUUAAGGGUGCCAAAGAGACCUCUGAUGCUAUAGUCGCGGAUCUCAAAGAAACCGUUACCGAAAAGGUUUUCUCCACUUCUGCAACUGCCAAAGAGCUUCUAGAGGCUGGCGAAAGUAUUGUUAAAGACACAGUAAGUGACACUAAGGAGAAAGCGAAGGAAAGUAAGCAACAAGCCGAUAGCGACUUCAGCAACCCGUCAGAGGUUGUCAAGGAAGUCAAGGACAGCGCUCUACAAUUGUCCAAGGAUACACUAGCCCAAGCUGCAAAAGUAGGUGAAGCUUUGAAGGAUUCCGCUUUGGAAAUUGGCAGCACCGUUCUCUCGGUCUCCGGUAAAAAAUCGCCCCAGGAAGCUAAAGAUGAAUCCAAAGUAGGUGCAGACAACAUGGAGAAGCCUGCGAGUGCUGAAAUAAAGAAGACAGACGAGCAUAAGGAAGGCGACGAAGUUGCCGCGGAAGAUAACGCGGAAAUUGCUCAGGGCAAGAUGGAGAAGGUCUGCGAUGAAGCAAAUGAUAGCUUUGAUAAAGCUAAACAAGCACUGGAUGAAAUGAGUGGUAGUGUGAAGGCCGUUGCGAAGGAUGUCAGAGAAUCACUAGACGAUAUCACUACGUCAGCAGCUGCUGCUGCCGCCGGUAAGCCUUGCGCUGCGCAGGAGGAGGCAGUCAAGAAAGCUAACGCUGGCAAAGACAAGACUGCUGAUAUCAAGGAUGUUGUUGCGGAGAAAAUCGAAGAUAUUUGGGAGGGGGCGGCUGAGAAGGCUGAUGUUGCCCAGGAAUCUGUGCAAGAAGCCGCUCAGAAGGUCGCUGACAAGGAAGGAGACGUAAAUAGCAUCGCGUCUGAACAAGCUGCGGAAGUGGCUUAUUCCGCUGCUGCCCAAACUGGAGAGUCAAGUUCGAACAAAGGCGUCGUUCAGAAGCCUGACAUAAAGCAAGCUGACACGGUCGACGCUGCCGCUGACAAGCCGGAAGCUUCCAAGGAUGUUACUUCAAAAGGUGUAGUUGAAGCCGAAGAAGAAAUAGCUCAACGAAGUGCAGAAAGCUUGCAGAAAAUUAACGAAGAGGUUGCAAAUAAAGACGAGACCGCCUGCGCAGCUGACAUUCGGGAGAACCUCACAGACGUCGAUCAUUCUGUAAAUGCCUCAAGCUCUGCUACUAAUGACAAGCCCAGUGAUAAACAAGCACUAGAAGGCGUUAGCGCAAGGCUUGAGACUGUAGUGCAGAAGGAUCAUGAUCCAAAUAGUGAAAUGAUUGUUACAGAAAAAUGGGAGAGCAACGUCAUAUCGCUUGCAAAGCAUCAGUUGGACGCAGACCAGGAUGAGCUCAGCCAGGAUGAGGAUGCAGCAAGUGUUAUCAAUGAAGAAAAAGACGACCAUGGCUUUGAUCCCCUCUCCAGCAAAUUCGUCGAAGAGCCUGCUCUUGUACCCUUCACUGUCCCUCGGGUCCCCAAAGAACGCGAUGUUGAAACCUUAUUGAAACAGUCAGAUAAUGUACUUUCUCAUACUGAACUUAGUACAAACAGUUCGGGUACGGGUGCAGCUGAGGAAGGUACCCUGCCCAAACGGUCGACUGAAUUCUCAUCCCUUACUAGACCUCUUCAAACUUCUCCCAGUCAAUCCAUGACCACAUCUAUCUACCAGCCGAGUUAUUUGCCAGCCGACCAGAGAACUGAUGCCAUAGCCGACAAAGAGGAGGAAUCCCAGACAGAGUCCACGGCACCCGAGCCGGAAGCGGAACUUGAAUCCGGUUGCAGGGAGCCAGUUGUUCAGGAAACGCAUCACGAUAAAAAGAAACAGGAAGAAAACAACGAUGAAAAGAAGACGACUGAAUCUAAGCUUUCUGAGGGAGGUCAAAAAUCUACUCAAAAAGGGGAAACCGAAAAGACGGACGAGGCUCAAUUACAGCAAGCUCACACACAAGAGAUAGCGGCAGCCGAAGCUACCGCCGACGGUGAAAAAUUCAGUGUCGAUGAGGAGUCAAAAACCGGUGCCAAACUGGAAGAGCAUCAUGCAGUAGAGUCGCAAUCCUCUACUGCUAAAGAUCAAAAGCCUGUCAUCAGUGAUGGGUCACCACUUUAUGCCAAAGGUGAAACGACAGAUAAUGCUGAUGAUGUUGAUCGCUUAAGAUUGAAUGCGCCUGAGGAGACAAGAGGUUUACCAGAUGACAAGGCUGUAGAAGAUUCCAAGGGAAGUGCAACUUCAGAAACGUCGGCUGUAGACACUAAUGAAAAAUUGUCCGUGGAAGAAACUACCGCCGCAAUGCCGGCCGAAGACGAUAUAACUGUAAAGCAAGGACGAGAACAAGCACACACGAGCGAAGAGCAGCCUAACAAGAGCUCUAUAGUAGAAUCCAGCCAAACUCCGGAAACUGACGACGCUGAUUCCAAAGAAGCCGCAACGAGUCAUCUUGCUGAAAAAUCUCCGGCCGAAGAAACCACUCAGGAGAAUAAAAUUACUGAUUCGAGUGAAACUGCGUGCCAAGACGUUCAAAGCAUUGGUACUGCAGAAGCUGUUGAUAGUGGGACACAUGAAGCUAUGAAAGUGUCUGUUGACGAAAAUUUGCCAGAGAAAGAUGAAAAGAUUACCACCGGGGAUAAGGCUGCUGCUAUUCAGCAGAUCGCCACUGAGGAAGCUGAGACUGAAGAGACUCUCGCUGAAAAGUCUGUCGCCGCUGCAGAAGUAGAAAAGGCAACUAAAGAGACUUCAAAAGACGAUGCAACCGCGGAAGAAGCUUAUCAGAAUGUUAUGGCGGGAGACCAAGUUCAGGAGGCCACGACUAACGAAGCCCAUGGAAAAGCCCCCCUUGAGAAAGCGGGAGAAGAUGCACAGACAAACGAGUCUCCAGAUGUUAAAGAUGAGACUGCCGGGAGUGCUGCAGGAGAAGGCGAGAAAGAGGAGUUAGUUGAAAAGACAGUUCGUGCAAAUGAUGCGGUGGAGGUGGCAGAGGUAGCCGCUAGAAAAGCAGCUUCUGAAGAGGCUUCUGAGGAGAUUAUCAACGGGGCAAAAGUAGACAAAGAAGAAAUUGAGGAAGAAUCCACAAUCGAAAAAGCCGACAGAGAGGCCGCCGAAGAGACUUUGAAGGACGAUACAGCUGCUAAAGAGACUUCCAAAAAUGUUACUCCAGAACACCAUGUUGAAGAAUCUACAACCGACAAGGUCUAUAAAAAAGCUUCUCUCAAAAAAGAGGCGGAAGAUGAACAGAUACAGAAGCCUUCAGAUGCUUCUAUAGUGGAAGACGAGAAGGAGGAACUAACUAAGAAUCUAAGUGGUGAAGAUAAAGCUGGAAAAAUAGAAGAGGUAGCCGCCGCCGGAAAGUCAGCUUCUGAGGAGACUGCCACUGAGGAGAAGGCAGCUAAAGAGGAAAUUGAAGUCGAGCAAAAGCUUGUAGUUGAUAAAACCGACAGAGAGGCUGGUGAAGGGAUCUUGAAGGACGACACAACUGCGGAAAAAACUCCUAAAAGAAUUACAACAGAGGACCACGUUGAAGACGCUACGGUUGAUGAAGUUUGUGAAGACGUUGCUCUUGAGAAAACGGCAGAGGAUGAACCGAUCGAAGAGUUUGUAGAUGCCGCCAAAGGUGCGGCUUUUCAGGCUCCCGCAGUAGAGGACGAAAAGGAGCAGUCAAUCGAAGAGCUUGUUAGUGCGAAUGAUGCGGUGAAAGUGACAGAGGAAGCCUCUGAAAAAACAGCUGGUAAGGAAAUUUCUGAAGAAAUUGCCAUUGAGGAAAUAAAAUUGAAAGAAGAAAUUGAAGCUGACGAAAAUCCCACAAUUGAAAAAGCCGACAGAGAGGCCGCUGAAGAGAUCUCGAAGAACGAUGCAGUUGCGGAACAAGUCUACGAGAACGUGACGGCAGAAGACCAAAUUGAAGGGGCUACGACUGAUGAAACUUGUGAAAAUGCUCCCCUUGAGAAAACAACAGAAGACGAAGAGAUCGAAGAGCCCGUAGACGCCAGCAAAGAUGAAAUUGCCCAGGCUGCUGUGGAGGAAGAUAGAAAGGAGGAGUUGAUUGAAGAGCUAAUUAGUGCAGAUAAUACAAUGGAAGUCGCAGCUGAACGAGAAGAUGAAUCAGAGAAAAAAGACGCAGAACAUGACAAGUCAGAAGAAAAAAGUGAUAAAAAAGACGACGCCGUUAUUAAAACGAUGGCGAAGAGCCCCAAACCCAAGAGGAGGCCCCGUUCGCCAGAAAAGAAGGUGAAAAAAGUUGCAAAGACAGAGGAUACUAAGGUGGUCUCAACAGUGGCAGCCAAGAAGUCGGUGGAUAACAAGAGGCCCGCGUCACCGAAGAAGAGUCCAGUCAAGAAGCCUAUCGACGAUACCAGAAUCAUAAAGACUUCGACUAAACCGACCUCCCCUAAAAAGACGAUUAAAAAACGGGCGGCUUCUGCCUCGACCGAGAAAAAGGACAGUGAAGUUGAAAAGGCCACUAAGGACAUGAGUACUUCAGAAAAAUCCGCCACUGUUAAGAAAUCAGCCUCGCCUUUUAGCAGUGUCAAGCCUAGAGUUGAUACGCACCUCAAAGAAACAAAAACUACCUCCAUCCGACGGGAGCUCGUCCUUAAAUUGGAUUCUUCCCGGACGACUGGAGAAAGCAAGAGCGAGCUGAACACUCCCACGAAUCGGCCUCAGUCUCCUACUAAAAAAAAGCGUUCUAAAGAGGCCCCAGAAAUAGGCGCUAGCAAAAAAAAAGCCAUCCCUUCCAAACGAGCAAAAAGCGCCGCACCAUCUGCCUACAGACGAUUUAUGCAGCAGACCACAUCGGAAGUCGUGUCCUCAGUUCCGACAAAGACAAAAAUGAAAAAGUCACCCAGUGCAGACUUGGAUGCUGUCAAGAAGUCCAAGGUAACUAAGAGUAACAAGGCAGCGGCGAACAAAGAGAACCCAGAUGUAAACGGCGGUAGCAUCCCGAAGUCAACUUCGUGCAACUCUGAUCUCGCCGGUAAAGGCGUUGUCACCGCCACAACAACAACAUCAUCAACAACAACCACGGCCGUGAAACGAACCAAGUCCCCCUGCAAGCAGGUCGUCCGUCCCCCCUGGACUAACUACUUUAGCUAAGCGAUGACAUCCAGUGAUGACACAGCACAGCAGCACAAGCAGCAGCAGCAGCAGCAAAAGUAUAGAUACAUACACGAACAACGGAAAUUAAAAAAAAAAAACGAGUUAUAAUAAUAAUAAUAAUAAUAACGGGCAGGAAAGGUGAGAAAGGAUGCUAAGAACAACAAACCAGCAGCAGGAGCGACGACGGCGGUGGCCAACUCGGCUACCGCGAACGAGUACCAGUGGCGUCGACCGGCGUUUUCGGUUCCCGUUAUCGAUCCCGGUCCUAGUCGUCGUCAUCUACAUUGAUACAGCUGUUUCAGUGACCGCAGGAAAUAUGCAGCGGAAAACUGAUCUGUUUAGCAGAUUAAAGCUGGUAUCAACUUACACGUUCCGUCCGCUUGGACAUCUCCUCUCUGUUCCACUCUUUUUCGGUAGAAGAACUUUUGAAGAUACUGAAGCUUCUAUCAUGCCGCUUCCGACCUGUUCUCCCGAGCCCCGUGUAGUUUAGUUGCAACUUUAGACGUCAUGCCGAACUCCCCUCGUAGCGGCCUGGUGCCGACCAGGGGCUUUGUCUCAGUGAGCACUAACUGACUGACUGAUAUUCAAAGAUGACAAGCGACUCGCAUAGUAGUCUUCAUUCCGAUCGGGUGACCAGAAUUGCUUCGAAUUUGUUUGUCGUUAGGUUUCUGUAGCCCGUUCGCAAAUAUCAAAUGAACGCUCACCCUAGUCAUAGCAAGUGCUACUAUGGUCACCGUUAUUCGGGAUUAUGAUGAGGCUGAUUGAUAGGGAGCAAGGGAACGGCAAGGCCCACAUACGCGCUAUUAUUACAAAAUAGAGGUCACGUAACUAGCAAAUGUACUUAUGACAUUAAAUAUGAAUGGCAAAAAAAAUAGUUUUAGACAUGUACAAUAGCGAACAGUCGCAAUUGAAAGCAGAUACUUUACAUCCACGCCCUUAGCAUUGUAUUAUUAUUAUUAUUAUUUCUAUGAAUAGAUACGUCUAGAUAACCUAACUAAAGAACGAACGGAUGGGUAACAAAUGAAUAAGGAAAGUCACAACUCCCUAGCCUAUUUCUAACCGUGAGACCCGCGCGCGCGAGGGUGAAGAGGGCAGCACAGGCCCAACCAGUCAAGAGUUAUUAUUAUUAGCUUUAUUUAUCCUAUCCAUCUGUAAUCAUUUGUACUGCAUGCGCACGAAGACCUAAACCUUCAGCGACCAACCACAUACAUGCAUCGUUAGUCAACGACACCCAUACGAUUGGGUGUCUCGCCAGAGAUAUAUAUAUUACUGACUACAUCCACUUUUCUACGACGCUCAUAUCGAACCUUGUCCCUGUCAAUUGUCGAGACGAUGAAGUAUCAACGCUGGUUUGCGUCGCUCACAUUGGUCGUAUCAACAGAAGUAGCAGCAGAAGUUACUGAUCAGCAAUCGUCCUUCUACAUAUUACCAAUGCUGCUGCUUCGCUUGACGUUACAUCAGUAGAUAACCUCGUAGGCUAAGUACGAGUUAUGAGCAAAGAAAAAACAGAUUGCAGUGAGACGUUACCUUCGUCGUCCAGAAUCAUGAUUUAUUACUGUGAACGAUCUCAAACUGUCGUAUGCGUUUUGCUUUACUAAAGAGCUGAUCGUUUUAAAAAUAGGUCGCCGGCGUUAUUGUCUUACCUCUUACGUCGCGUUUUAAACGCCAUAAUAAUCUUUGCUAUUCAUUAGUAGUUGCUACGUAGUACUUAAUGAUCAAGCGAUUUUACUCGUGUGGGAUACCGACUAGGUCAAAACGCAGAGUUUCAGAGCCGUGAAGGUACUAUCAAUCCGACCGAGGGUCGGUUUUAUUUGUUCUGUUUGUUAUAAUCAGAGCACAUAUACGCAAAAGGACGAUCCAUGAUCGGUAAUUAGCUUGACUGACUGACUGACUGACACGCUUAUUCUGAGCAUCUGGCGUGUUUACUUAAACUAUAUAUAUAUAUAUAUAUAUAUAUAUAUAUAUAUAUGCAUUCUAUCGAAAGCGGGUUGCUGGGGCGAUAGUAACGUCAAGCAAGAAUUUUAGAUGAACCGUAGUAUUUGGAAAACGUUAUAAUGAGAACCUAAUAAUAGAGAGAAAAACAGCUGUCUGAAUUAUCAGCAAUCGAGAGGAAAACAUCCUUUAACAAAUAACAUACAAGCUAUUAGAAGUAGUGAAGAUGCGUACUUCAAAAAGAAAUAAUCUGAUCCGUCUGCACUGUAUUGCCGUAUGUAUAAUAGACCAGAGAUGAAGAUUUGGUUAUUGUCACUUCAAGAAAUAAUAUAACUUGCAGUAUGGCAGAUGAUCCAAAAAAACGAGCGCAACUUAGGUGAACUCAGAAGUAGAAAAUGUACAACCAAACUUCAAUAUUUCACCAUAACAAAUAGAAACAUGCCACCGAUGGUGAUAAAGAAGGAUGCUUAUUAUUAUUAUUAUGAAAGAAAAAAAAUUAAUUAUCUAUUAUUGCAGCGCGGUGCUGAAGUGUUUCAUGCCGUGUGAAGUGGUAACUGUCGCGUGAAGAAGUCCGUCAUUUACGUUUGUCAUGACUAUACUGGACAUUCUGAUGAGAAUGAAAUUUACUAACGGCUAUUUAUUAUAUAAUGAAUUAUUAUUAUAAUGAUGAUGCACGAAGAUUAGGCUUUUAUUUAUCUAACGUCUUAUUAAAUGUGAUUAUUAAGUAUUGCAAAGAGUGAAAAUAGUGAUGUUAACAGAGAUCCUUGUCGAACCCUAUGAAGAGUGUUCAUUGUACUACGACCAGUGUGUCUAUCUCGAUUAUAGAGUGGAAGGUAUAUGCAUGCGUGCAGAGACGCUCUGCGAUAUUACGAACUGUGUAAGCGAUGAGCUGAUUCAGUGGUAACCUCGCUAGUAGGAACGUAACGAGAGAUGGGCCUCAACAUUAUAAAUAUAUACACAUCCAUACACCCGUACUUUUGUUGUUAUUUAAGGAGAGGGGGCAGCAGACCGGAAUAGUCUACUGACGAACUUCGACAGAGUGGCAAACGUUCCGGCGUGCUCGAUGGGCAAAAAACAAAAAAGUAUCGAGGUGCAUUCGUUUCGUUUAGAAAGCACCGCAUAACAUCGCUAACUAUUACUGCUUAUCUGUCACAGACAAAACGAUGACUAUACUCAAUGUUGACGAUGGUGAUAAGAGAACAUAACAAUGAUAAUCUAAUCAAAAUAUCGACUAUGUAGCAUGAUAUCGGCAGAGGUGGUGGACGAAACAAUUGUAGCAAACAGGAUGUUCGAGGCCGGGGUCAGCGAUGGAAAAGCCAAGGCAGAAUCUCUCUUGAACCUGAUAUGCUUGAGGUCGUCAUUUAAUAGCACAGCUAUGAUAGUUAUACUAUAAAACAAAUUCGUGUUAAUUUAGAUUGGAAGUUUCCUAAAUGCCAGCAUACAUGGCAAGAGGUACGGUUGGCCUGUUCCUUCCCCGGCCGAUGUCUGUCGUCUUCUCACCAUGCAUCACCGUAGUCUAGGGUCAAGCUGAGGCCACCUAUAUUUAUUUAGAUAUUAAAAGGCGGACCGCCACCUCCGGGGCCGCUAGCUAACAGAAAGCC